AUGGAGCGGACAUUUGACCUCCCCGACUCGACCGACUGGCUCGGAACGCCAUUGUCGCUGCUGACGCCACUAGAGUCCGCGCUCCGCUGCCAAGUGUGCAAGGACUUUUUCGAUAACCCCGUUAUUACCUCGUGCUGUCAUACGUUCUGCUCCCUGUGUAUCCGGCGGUGUUUGAGCACGGAGGGGAAAUGCCCGGCUUGUCGAAGUUCGGACCAGGAGCUGAAGUUGCGGCGCAAUUGGGCGGUCCAGGAACUUGUCGAGGCGUUUCAGAAUGCGAGACCUAGUGUGCUGGACCUGGCUAGACGUGCCGCGGCUGAAAAUGGGGAGGAGGCAGAAGGAACGGCGCAGCCUGCUUCGAAGAAGAGGAAGGUCGAUGAACGGGAUGGGUCAAGUACAGAGGUUUCGGAGGGGAGACAGACGCGGUCACGAGCUAAAGGCGUGGAGCGGCAAAUUGAGCCUGCUACGAUGGAGGUAGUUGAGGAUAGCCAGGAUGAGGAAUAUGUUCCUGAGGACGGUCUGGUUUCUUGCCCGAUCUGCAAACGGAGGAUGAAAAACGAGGCAGUGUUCCAACACUUAGACAAUUGCACAGGAGAUCCAGCGCCCCCGAAAAAGAUAUUGUUUGGCUCAUUGCAGCCCAUGUCGCCUGCCUCGCGAACUCCGAACAAAGCACCCGAAAGACUCCCCACAAUAAACUAUUCCUUAUUAAAAGAUAAUGUGCUCCGGAAGAAGCUUAAAGACUUGGGCAUACCAAAUUGGGGCCCACGGCCCCUUCUGCAAAGACGUCACACCGAGUGGAUGAACUUGUGGAACGCUAACUGCGACUCGAAAACGCCAAAGUCCAAACGCGAAUUGUUACACGAGUUGGAUGUCUGGGAACGCACACAGGGAGGGAGUGCACUUCCCGCUGCUGAGUCUGCUGGCUCAGUUAUGCGUAAAGAUUUUGAUGCAACUGCAUGGUCGACAAACCAUGAAAGUGACUUCAAGCGAUUGAUUGCAAACGCGCGAAAGCGAAGCGAAGCUUUAGUUCGCACGACCAUCCCGCCCACAGCUCCAGCUCAAUCGCAAGAGGCACCCACAAUUGAGCAGCCAGCGGAGGCUGCAAUUCCAACGAAUAUACAGCAGCUGGAGCAGCCACUCGUAGACCUCACAGGUGCCGCUGAUUCUAAGAUCCAACACGUAAAGGAGUCCGGUGAUAGUCAAGAGCCUUAUACGCUUCCUGGAUAG